AAGGGUUGUCUGUGUUCUUAUAGAAUAAUAUCACUUUGUCUAUAUUAUAUCAAGAGAGAACAACAGUAUAGGUGAAAAACUACACUGAUUGGAUUGGCACAAAAGGAAACAUACUGUUAUGGUAAAUUUUCAUCAGAUUCAGAGAGAGAGAGAGAGAGAGAGUAGGGGAUAAAGAGGGGAGGAUGGUGAAGGAUUCAUGCUGCUAUGAUCUACAACACAAAGUACUAGUUGUUUGAGCAGGAAAAUUUGUGUUCAUUGCUUCUUCCCCUUGGGACUCUCAUUCUUGAGGGGAUGGAAGCAAGCCAGCAGAAUGCAGUGGGAGGAGGAAACAAAGGGAGGUUCAGGAGCAUAUGUGUUUUCUGCGGGAGCAGGCACGGAAACAGGACUUCCUUCAGUGAAGCAGCUCUUGACCUUGGAAAGAAACUGGUAGAGAGGAAAAUAGACCUGGUUUAUGGUGGUGGAAGUGUCGGCCUAAUGGGGUUGAUAUCUAAAACAGUCUUUGAUGGUGGCUGCAAUGUUCUCGGGGUCAUUCCUACUGCCCUCUUGCCAAGUGAGAUAUCAGGAGAAACCAUUGGAGAGGUGAAAACAGUUGCAGACAUGCAUGAGAGGAAGUCAGAAAUGGCUAAAAAUGCUGACGCAUUUAUCGCGCUUCCAGGUGGUUAUGGAACCAUGGAGGAACUUCUUGAGAUGGUAGCUUGGUCUCAGCUUGGCAUCCAUGGCAAACCAGUUGGGAUACUGAAUGUGGAUGGGUACUACAAUGAUUUGCUUGCAUUAUUCAAGAAGGGAGUGGAGGAAGGCUUCAUAGAAGACUCAGCAAGUCAGAUUGUAGUUUCAGCAGACAAUGCAGAAGACCUCAUCAGGAAAAUGGAGGAAAGACUGGGAGAGAAGAGGAUGAGGGAGACAAGCAAGAAGAGGAAAAUAAGCUGACAGAGCUCAAGUGCAUGUGCUUGGUUCUAACAUUUCAGGUGUAUUUUUUGUGUAGUGGUGGUUCCAAUUUGGUUGUUUGUUUCCAAGAGUAUGUGGACCAGUGGAAGUCUGCUACCAGUGGGUGGGCAUAUAUAGUCUCCCAGCUUCAUUUCACCACUCCUCUCUGUAAAUGUAUUAUUACAAACUGUAUGCACUAUCUGUCAAAUUGUGAUUAAUUGCAGGAUAUGUAUGUGAAUCUCUAUCGUGUCAAUUUAGUCCUGUUCUAAUCGCUAGAAGUUUUGAAGUACUUGGAAUUGAGUAAUCUGCUAUGGGCUUUAAUCCCAUGUUAAGAAUUGAGAUUAAGUCUGCUACUUGUGAGGAGAGAGAUUGUGAGCAGCACAGGAAUUGCCCUUUUCUUACCUGCUUGUCACAACACAUUGCUUAUCUUUCAAAGGCAAUGCACUAAUAAAUACUUAAUUUGUGGACCAGGACAGACAAUGUUGUCAACAUUAGUUCCCUAAGUUCUAGUUUUAGUAUUACAUUUUUAUUAUUUUUCAAUCAUAAAGUAUAAAUUCAAUGCAUGAGACUUCCUCCAACAAAUAAAUAUACACAGCCUUAUCACCAUGGAGAUAAAAGAAGAUCAAUAUACCAAGCCUUACCACUACAAGUACAGUGUUAUCAAUAAUUUUUUCUAAUCUAGGAUAGUCAAUAUACACAUGUUUUCAUAACACAAAGACUAAGCUCUUGCCAUCCAGAUCGCAAAAGAGCACCCUUAUAGUUAUAGGAAGAUCAAUUUACGCACACUUUUCCAACAAAAAAAUACAGCUAUUUUCAUAAGCUUUGGUCAUCUAGAUCGCAAAAGAGCACCCUCAUUGUUUUCAUUAUAGAUUGACUUCAAAAAUAUCGGUUGUUUAUUAUUAUUAUUAUUAUUAUUUUUUCUUCUUUUUAGUACAUUGGGGUAACAAAGAGAGAGAGAGGGAGAUCACAUGUCUGAAUGCAUAGAAGCAGCCCAGCAUCCAGAACCAUCAUAAAAAGGUGUAGCUUAUCUGCCCACCUUUUUACUAAAAUAUGAGAGAUUUACAAAGAUUUACAUCUCAAUUCCUCAAAACUUGAUUUUUGUGAAUCAGUCAUAAAUCAAGUGCAAACAGAAGAUACAACAAGAAAUGACUCUAAUAUUGAUCUAAUUGCAUCCAAAUUGAAGUCAUUAAAUUAACACAAAUAUGCUCGAAUUUAUCUAAUUUUUAGAGAAAAAUUAACCAGAUUUUCAAUUUCAAUGUUCUCUUGAAAAUACUAGUAAUUUCCCUUCAAUGAUUGC